AUGCUGCGCGCGGGCCGCUCGGUCCUCUGCUCCCCACGCCCCCUCGAGUGCCCCUUCCUAUCUUCGCCCGACCGUCGCUCUGAACGCCGCGAUCCCAUCAGGCAGAUCGCCAAAGAGCCCGGGAUGGAUUCCGACGGGCCGAUCGCCCUCGAGCGGCGCAAGGCGGCCGCGAGCAGCCUCUCGCCCGCCCAGGACUGCAUGGGGCAGGAUGAUCCCCUGGGGGGCCCCAAGGUGCGCCGCGACAACGAGGGCGGCCCUCUGGCGGGGCCCAGCAGCGAGGGAGGCGCCACCGAGGCGCGGAGGGGCGAGGCAGAGUGCGGCGAUCCGGACUGCAGUUCGGGGGGCGCUGGCGAGCUAUUGCCGGAGGUCGGAAGGACGAGGACGGGAGAAGGGCCUGGAGCGUGGUUCACGUACGCCGACGCCAUGAUAGGGCCUCCGAGAGGUGACCCCAUUCCCACCUCUCCAGUGAUUUCCGAAAUAACGCCUGCUGGUGACGACGACCUACAGGUCAACCUGGAUGCACAUGUGCCAGCAUCGGCUUCCGUGCAUGUGGUGGUGACUGAUGCCAGGCAAGUCGAGGAGACCAGGCUGGGGGUUAAGUCUCAGUUCACCACAUACUGUGUCAAGACUGCCACCGAUCUGCAGAGCUACUCAUUCACAGAGCAGUCAGUCUGGCGGCGAUUCAGGGACUUCGAGGCUCUGCACAAAGUGCUCCAUGCGAACCACAGAGGCUAUUUCAUACCUCCAUUGCCUGACAAGAACUUCAUACAAGCCAAGAUGGCCAAUGCUGACUUCGUGCAGAUGCGCAAGGCAGAGCUCAACUGUUUCCUCAGGGGGCUUGUUGCACAUCCAUUCUUGUACGAAACAGAGGAGCUGAGAGUGUUUUUGGGUGUGCCUCAAGAUUUGUGCUCUUCCUCUGAGUGGCAGGAAGUCGUACAGCGGGCCGGUGCAAGAAAUCUAGGUCGCCUAUCUCCAAGGGUUGAUGCUGGGCCGACGAGCACUGCCACAGAGCUGUUUGAGAAGAUGAGAAGAAUGGGCAGCCCUGUAAAGAAGGAAAGCAUGAAAUCGAAGCACGGAAUUCCUGAGGACGAAAGACAGUUGAGACAGGAAAGCACAAAACUGAAACAACUGGAGACCUUCCUGAGCUGCACUUGUGAGAAAGCAAGGGGCAUGGUGCAAGCACUGGAGGGGGAGCUGGAUGCCCAUCUGGAGAUGGGCGCAGCGCUUGUCGCGUUCGCCCGCUACGAGGACAAGGUGGGGGCCCAGUGUGGCCAGUUCACAGAGACAGGGCGCCAUUAUGCCACUCGGGCAGCAACCUUGCAGAAGGCUGGCUAUGCAAGCCUGAAGGUGCACCAGGUGUGCCAGAGAUUUGUGACCAUGACAGCUGGCAGAUUGAUCUCACUCCAUGAGCAACUUAACUUGGUGCCAUCAGGCUUGUUGGGCCUGGAGGACAGGGAGCAUGCCCUGGAUGCUGUCCAUCGGGCAGAGGCCGUGCUGGAGAGGAAAAGGUUGAGGUUGGAGGAGCUCAGGCGGGACUCCGCAAAGAAACUGGGUGGGGCAGAGGCCUCCUCCAAGAGGUUCGCAGAACUGGAGUUUGAAAUCGGGUCCCUGGAGCGCGAUGUGGAACGGCUGACAGGCGAUUACAAGGUUAUCAAACAGCGCAAUCAGACAGAGUUGGCACGUUGUAGAGAAACUCGACAUGUGGCGCUCAUAGGCAUGGCCAGGAAGGUCGCUCAGAUACAGGCAGAGAUGAACAAGAGCGCAGCUGAGGCUUGGAGGGCUAUGGCUGAGCAUCUGGAGAAGAUAAUGGCAACAAGUCAGAAGUGA